AAGAUGCGGAAAGGCGCACACACCGAGAAAGAGAAGUAGCACAGGAAGUGACUGAGGUCUCGGUUAAGGCACAAGAACGGUGAUGCUUUCUCAAAUGUUCUAACCUCUCACAAACCAGCUGGGUGUAGUGCAGCAGACAUUUUUCUGCUCCGUGUUCCUCUCAGGGUGCUGGUUGGUUACAGGAUCAGGCUGGAUAGAGGCCUGGGGUCCAGUCUGCUGAGGAGGAUUUCUUCCAGGAAACCUCACCAGCGUAACAACAGUCCCCGACCCCAAGAGGCCAAUGAAAUGGGGGGAAAGGGGGAUGACAGUGGGCCGGGGAGGCUGAGUCGCCGAUUGUCUCGCCUGGGCAGCCGGCAUCAGUCCAGGGAACAGAGACCCCCAGCUCAGCCAGACGUACCUCCUGCACAACCUGACAGGCCUGUGCAACAAGAUGCUCCGCCAGCUCUUGCUCCACCUCCUGUUCAAGCACCAGCACCAGCACCAGCUCCAGCUCCUCUCCCCCCACGGAUGGAAACGCCACCUAAACGCCCCGACAAAGCCACAAAACCCAAACUUCCCCCUCGGCCACUGUCCAGGGCGUUCAGCAGCACUGAACACGGAGCAGCUGUGUUGCAGGGCUUUGAUGCUUUUCGGGCUAGUGACGUUCUCUGCGAUGUCGUCUUGGUUCCUGGAGACAGUCAAGAAACUUUCCCAGUUCACAGAGUCAUCAUGGCUUCAUCCAGCGACUACUUCAAGGCAAUGUUCACAGGAGGCAUGAGGGAGCAGGAGAUGAGAGAGAUCAAGCUGCAUGGAGUUACUAAAUCAGGUUUAAAGAACAUCAUAGACUUCAUCUACACAUCCAAAGUCAACCUUGACAUGGGUAAUCUCCAGGACACACUAGAGGCUGCAAACUUCUUACAGGUCAUGCCUGUUCUGAGCUUCUGCAAUCAGCUUCUGAGCAGUGAGAUCACUAUUGAUAACUGCGUGGAGGUGGAGCGUAUUGCCAUAGAUUUGCUUCUGGAGGACGUUCAGCUAAAUAUAGCUCAGUUUGUGAGCCAGAACCUCUCAGAGUUGGUGCAGUCUGGUCGCUACUUUCAGCUCUCUGAGACCAGCAUCGCCAACGCUCUAGGCAGCAACUCCCUGAACAAUUUCAGUGAACUGGAGCUUUAUAACAUCGCCAGAGGAUGGUUGAACCACGACCCUCCCAACCGUCGCUCCUCCGUCUACGCCUUGAUGCGUAAAAUUCGUUUCCCGCUGAUGAGCCCCAGCGAGCUGAUUCAGAUCUCCCAGGAUAACGAAGAGGAAGGCGACUCUCUGAUGCGCUCUGAGACAGCCUGUGUGAAUCUCCUGCUGGAGGCCAGCAACUACCAGAUGAUGCCUUUCAUGCAGCCCGCCCUGCAGACCGAGCGGACACAGAUACGCUCAGAUUCCACACACAUUCUGGCAUUGGGCGGGGUGAUGCGACAGCAGCUGGUGGUGAGCCGGGAGUUGAGGUUGUACGAUGAAAAGACCGGCUAUUGGAGAGCCCUGAAGCCAAUGGAGGCGCCACGCUACCAGCAUGGUGUGGCUCUACAGGGUGGCUUCCUCUUCAUCGUUGGAGGCCAGAGUACUUAUGACACCAAGGGUAAGACGGCAAUAGACAGCGCCUACCGUUACGACCCGCGCUUCGACAAGUGGCUUCAAAUCGCUUCACUCAACGAAAAGAGGACCUUCUUCCACCUCAGUGCUCUGAGGGGGAAGCUGUUUGCAGUCGGUGGAAGGAAUGCCUCAGGGGAGAUUGAUACGGUGGAGUGCUACAACCUGAAAAAAAAUGAGUGGACAUUUGCAGCCAACAUGGUGGAACCUCACUAUGGACAUGCUGGAACAGUUCAUGGGGACCUCAUGUAUGUCUCAGGUGGUAUUACCCGUGACACAUUCCAGAAAGAGCUUUGGUGUUACAAUCCUGACACUGACGCAUGGAGUCGGCGGGCUGACAUGACGGAGCUCCGCGGUCUGCACUGCAUGUGCACUGUAGGAGACAAACUCUUCGUCAUGGGCGGUAAUCACUUCAGAGGCAGCAGCGACUAUGACGACGUCCUGGGCUGUGAAUACUACAGCCCCGAGACGGACCAGUGGACUGUGGUGGCACCAAUGCCGCGAGGCCAGAGCGACGUUGGCGUGACGGUGUUUAACGGGCAGGUCUAUGUGGUGGGGGGUUAUUCCUGGAACAGCAGGUGCAUGGUAGAUGUUGUGCAACGCUACGAUCCAGAGCAGGAUGUGUGGGACAGGGUCUUCAAUGUCUUGGAGCCUUUGGGAGGGAUACGUGCCUGUACAAUGACAGUUCAUCUGCCAGAGGGGUCAGUGGAUGAGGCUCAGUUCCAGGAGUGUCCGCUACCUACGGCUAAGAUCUGAUCUGACAGCAAGCACGGGGUUUCCGACUUCCACCACAAUCUGACCAGAAUUGUCGAAACGAAAGUAAACUGCAUGUUGUGUCAAGAAGGAGGCAAAACAGGAAAUAGUGUGGGUUUCAAGCAUAAGCUGCAGGUGUAAGUACGGCUAGCUAGCUUUCAUUAGUGUUCUACAGUGAAAAAAAAAAAAACCUUUCUGUCAAAUCCUACUUCUUUAGUUUAAUUUCCUGUCCUCGCAUUUACUAUCUGCCAUGCAGCAUCCAUUCUGCUCUGCUUAAUAGGUAGAAGUGCAAAGACAGUGUGCAAGACUGUUCUAAGUGAACAGAGGUAGCGGCUGAAUAACCUUUAUCAUGUUUAGCACACAACAAGUUUCCAUCAUGUGUGUCUCGUGGUCUCUGGGGAGUUUUAACCCUUAAACAAUGCAUGAUGGAAAGUCUACUAAUAAGCUGAUUUUGUUUUCUUUCGUAACUUAAUUUAACGAGUUGAGUGAACUAUUUGCCAUGAUUCAACACCACAUUUUCAGUCAAAAUACUUGGGUCAGUUUUAAUGUUCAUAAAUUCUGAAAAGGUCUGAAAAAGAUAACUAUAAUUUUAAAGUCAAAUUUGUUAUGUUUUGUAUAUUUAUAUGACCAAGCUGUAUUUUAAAUUACAAAUAAAACAUUUGUGAUCUUUAUCUUAAA